AUGGUCCAAUCCUCAGCCUCGUCAGCAUCGGCCCUGCCCCGCUUCUUACUAAGUCUCUCAGCCUCCUCCACCUCAUCACAGCAGCUUCACGGCCCCGCCAAUGAAGCCGCCGCAUGCUCACGCAUUGCUCCCGCAUCGCCGCCCGAUUCUGCCUGCCGGAGCACUAGCCAAGACAUUGAGCUGGUGACCCUCCAUCCCUGGAACAGUCCCUCGGCCGCUGCGGCUCCUCGUAUCGUCAAGCACAAGCGGGCGUCCCUGUCGCUGCCCGCCGUGUCGCCGCCGUCCGCCCUGCCGGAGAGAAAAUCUGCAUCUGCUUCGCCGGGCAAGGAUCUUGUUCAACUUGUGAGCCGCCGCAGCUCGGCUAGCUUGGAGCUUUCGACCGCUUCGACUGCUGAUUCGCCGAAGAGGGGCAUGACCCCAAUUGAGCGCCAGAACAAGGCCAAUCAGAUCUGGAAAGGCUGCUGGUGA